AUGGAUUCCUUAAAAGUCGCUGUACGUGUUCGUCCACUACUUUCAGGGGAGAAGUCUUUAGGUUUAAAAGGACGAUGGAUUUGCACCAAUUCAUCAAUUACUUUAGAUCAGUCAAGUACUUGUUAUGUAUUUGAUAGAGUCUUUGAUGAGCAAAUAUCAAGUUCCACAGUAUAUAAUGAACUGGCAUUAGAUAUUGUGAAGCAGGCCAUGGAAGGUUUUAAUGGUACCAUAUUUACCUAUGGUCAGUCUGGCAGUGGAAAGACCUAUACUCUCGAUGCAUUGAGAACAUUUGCCAUCAAAACUAUUUAUGAAUACAUUGAGAAUUGUCCCACCAGGGAGUUUUUGCUGAGAGUGUCUUAUGUUGAGCUUUAUAAUGAAAGAUUUUAUGACUUGCUCGCUGACAAUGCAAUUUUGCUAUUAAGAGAAGACCUUGAUAGAAAUGUUUUCCUUGAAGGCUUAAAAGAAGAAAUUAUCACAUCACAAAGUCAUGUUGCUCAAGUACUGGCUAAAGGCAAUGAAAGACGGCAUAUUGCUGAAACAAAGUUGAACAAUUCGUCUUCAAGAUCCCAUUGUAUUUUUAGAAUGGUGAUAGAAAGCAGAGAAAGAAAAGAUGCAGAAAACUCCUCAGUUUAUGUGUCUCACCUGAACCUUGUGGAUCUUGCUGGGAGUGAAAAGGCUGGAGAGAAUAGUGGAGAUAGGUUCAGAGAAGGAUGUGGUAUCAAUAAAUCUCUCUCAACUUUAGCAUUGGUCAUCCGCAAGUUGAGUGAAGAAGACAGUGCAUUUAUUAACUACAGAGAUAGUAAAUUGACCCGUAUUCUACAAAAUGCUCUAGGUGGUAACUCAAAGACAGCCAUUUUGUGUACAGUAUCUCCUACUAGCGUUGAGGAGACUCACUCUACACUCAGAUUUGGAUUAAAUGCUAAAAAAGUCAAAAACAAGCCUGAACAGAAUGAAGUGCUUACAGAUCGAGCUCUAUUGAAAAAAUCCCAGCAGGAAAUAGAAAAACUGAAGGCUGUAAUAAAGAAAUUAGAGUCUGGCUUUUCUGCACAAACUGAUGAUGAGCUGAAAGAGCAGAAGAUGAAACAGCAGCAGUUGACUGAACAGUUGCGCAGUAUUCUCUGUGUUUCAUCUAAAGUAAACAUUGAAAAGAAAGAAAGGAAUCGAAGACAAACAGUAUGUGUUCCGCAGAUAUCUAGAUUUACUGCUAUGAAAGAUUUAUCAACAGUAAACAUUCCAUUUUCACCAGCAAUAAGGAAGAAAGUGUCUUUUGAUACCAAGCCAAAUGAAAACAUUGUUGCACCUACAGCUCCAGGUGCAGAAGAUCAGUCCAUUAAUCACUCAUUAAGCUCCCCAUGCAGAUCACAUGAGUGUAAAUGCAGGGAUCUGUCAUUUACAGACUUUGAACAAGCUUUUGUUGAAGAAGCUCUUGUCCAGAAAUUUAAGACCCAGAUAAAUAUUUUGACCAAAGAAAACAGGCAGCUCAAAGUUAGGAUUCAGCAAAUGCAUGGAGGCUUAGACUUAGAUCCCAAUGAAAGCUCAGUCUACAACAUGAGUCUUGGACCAGAUUUUCAUGUAACACAUUUUUCCAUUGACGAACAUGACAGUGAGGGCAUAGAGGGUGCUAGGCCAAAUCUUGUAUCCAAUGAGAGCUUUGUACAGUACGAGCUGGAGUUGACUGAUGAAAGUGCCCAAGCUAAGUUCAAAGGGAAAAAUGUUGACAACAGUUUUUCAAAACGACACAGAUAUUCUAGGUCUUUCAAAGGGGAUGAUAGUGUUUUUGAAAGUAGUUUUUUAAAGCCAAAACUAUCCAGGAUUAGUGAUUUAAUUGAGGAGGAUGAAUCAGAGGACGUGUCAGACAAGAAUAAAUAUGAUACAGCUGAAUCUAACACAACUGAUGUAUCAAUAAAUGAGGAGGUAGACUGUCACAAAGAUGAAUUAGACAAGCUGGCUCUAGACUAUGAAAGAAGUGAACUGGAAAGGGAAAGAAUUGUAUUGGAAAAAGAGAAAGAAAACAUUGAGAAGUUAAGGCAUGAAACAGCUGAGCAAAUGGCAAAUAUGGAAGAUAAAAUUGAAAUGCUGAAUAAUAUUGAAAAAGAUAAAAAAUUUCUUGAAGAAGAACGAAAGUUCUUGCAAGAAUCCUACAAGCAACUGGAAGAUGAGAAGAAAAUAUUGAAAGAGUUACAUGAAGAGUUAUCUAAGGGCAAAGACAGUUUAGAUGACAAAUUAAAAGCAGAAAGCUGUUUUACUAGUGAAGAAAAGGCAAGCAUGGUUACAAAAUGUGAAACUGAAAUCGCCAAUUUGCAAAAUAUCAUUGAUGUUCUUAACAGAGAAAAGAAAUGUUUAGAAGAGGAUAAAGCUAGAGAAAGUGCUGAAUAUGAAAAACAAAUUGAACACCUACAUAAAUGUAUAGAUGAGCUAAAAAUAGAAAGGGAUACCAUGGUUAUGAAUAAUGAAAGUGCAGUAUCAAACUAUAAAACAGAAUUAUUACAGUUCCAAGCUUUUCUUGAACAGUUAAAGCAGGAUCGUGUUGAUUUGGCUAAUGAAAAGGCUGGUCUUUUUGCCAAGCAUGAAAUGGAUGUAAAACAGUUUAAGAGUUAUCUAGAAGAGAUGAAGAAAGACAGAGAUGACAAGGAGAAUGAAAUCAUGAAAUACAAACAGCAAAUAGCUCAGUUGUCUUCCCUUUUGAAAGACAAAGAGAGUGAAAUAUGUGUUUCAGCUACAGAGGUAACAAAAUAUGAGGCUGAAUUAAAACAAUUGCGUAAUUAUUUUGAUGCUUUAGUUGAAGAAAAAGAUCAACAACUUUUAAAAAAUAAAACUGAUAUAAACGAUUUGCAAAAAAUGGUAGAUGAGCUAAAGAAAACAAGGGAUAUAUCAGCUGAGGAAAUGGUUGAAGAAAUCUCAAAAUAUAAAACAGAACUUGCCCAGUUACAUGAUCUGCACAGUCAGCUGAAGAACGAAAGGGACGCUACUCUGGAACAAAUGAAACAAAUGGAAGAACAGCAGAGAGAGUUCAACCAAGCAGAGUACCUUGAAUGUAUACAGGAGUGGCAGGCAGAGUGUGAAGCCAGAAGUACUGAGCUGGAAGAAGCCAUGAAGGAGAUAGAAAACUGUAAGAAAACGAUCACUUGGGGAAAACAAAUUCUGGCCACUCGAGAUCAGGAGAAACAAGAAGCUGCUAAAAAGUGUGAGGAAAUUGAACAGCAAGUUGAAAGCCUGAAAGCUGAGUUACAUACAAAAUCUGAGGAAUGCUCACGACUCCAGGGAAAAGUCAACACCCAUUUUUCAAAUCUUAGAGAGAUUGAAACUCUCAAAAAAGAAGUUAAAGAACUAAACAGAGCUCUUCAAGGAAGUAAAGAAUAUUAUGAAGGCGUAAUCAAUAAUCUUAAAAUGAAGCUGAGAAAUAAUGCUGAUUCAUCUUUUGCUGAACAGCGUGUCCCAAGUCAACCUGUUCCCUCUAUUGAUCACCUCAGAAAGAUAAUUGAGUUUGAAAAUGCCAGCAAGUUUUUAGAGUUAUCUGAUCUUAGGAAAAAGACAGCAGAGCAGGAGACUAAGUACAGGAACUUACAGACUGAGUUUACUUGCUUAAAAUCUGAGUGUGAGAAACUGAAAGAAAUGCAGGAGAAUGAAUGCAUGAGGAAUGAGGCACUGUUUUCUAUGCUGAAUCAGAAAUCUUCACAGUUACACAAGUCACAAGAAGAGCUUUCAAAAUUCAAACAAUCUGCACCACUCAAGGAUAAAACAGAAGGAAAUGAAAAUACAAUUGACAACGAAUCAACCUCCAUGUUAAAAAAUUCCCUCAAAGAGUCUGAGAAUGUCAAUAGGGAGUUGCAGCAAAAAAUAGAGAGAAGAGAUAUGAAGUGGAAUACACUAUACCCCAAAUAUAAAUCUUUACUGGAGAAGAACUGUGCACACGAAAAGAAGAUAAUUCAUCUCACUGAAGAAAUAGCUGAGUUAAAAGAAACUUUACAGAAGAUCAAGAGAGCUGCUGGUCAAGAACAAGUUGUAGAAAAAGUUGAACCACAAGCAGAACAAGCAGCAAACAGGAGAGACUCUAGUCGAUCAUCACAGCAGGCAGAAGUCAACCAGAUGCAGCCAGCCAGUGCCAGUAAAAGGCAACACUCAGCCAGAAGUGAUCAAGAAAACUCACAUAUUACCAAGCAUCUUUCUGGCGGGGUGGUUGAAAAUUUUAUUGUUAUAUCUCAUGAGAGACAGAUAAAGGAGCAACAAAAAGAAAUCAAUAGACUGAAGGAAAAACUGAAAACCUUUGAGCAGUCAAAACAUCAAUCUUCUGAAAACUCAUCUAACACACUUGAGUUUAAACUAAAUUGAACAAUCUGUACUGUUACCAUUUUUAGAACUUAGGUUGAAUUAUAUUAACUGUGAACUGGUUUUAGACUAAGAUAUGCUGCAUUUUUUUUUUUUAAACUUCAAAGAUUUUGAACUGUUGAUUAUUUUUCUAUCAAAUGUAUUAAGCAAUAAUAGCUAGCAUUUUGAUUGAAUAUUUUUUCCCCAAAUUGUUUUAAUCCUCUACAAUCAAUAAAUUGUAUGAGUACGGUUUUUUUUUAUAUAAUUUUUAUUUUAUAUUGUUUUUACUUUGUGUACAUUAAAAUGCAUGCAUGAUUGCUUUGUCCAAUUCAGUACAAUAAAAGUUUGUGUAUAAUUUUAUACGGGUUACUCCUUUAAUCUUUUUAACUUGUAUUAUGUUAAGCAAUAAUAGCUAGCAUUUUGAUUGAAUAUUUUUUCCCCAAAUUGUUUUAAUCCUCUACAAUCAAUAAAUUGUAUGAGUACAGUAUUUAUUUAUAUCAUUUUUAUUUUAUAUUGUUUUUACUUUGUGUACAUUAAAAUGCAUGCAUGAUUGCUUUGUCCAAUUCACUACAAUAAAAGUUUGUGUAUAAUUUUAUACGGGUUACUCCUUUAAUCUUUUUAACUUGUAUUAUGUUAAGCAAUAAUAGCUAGCAUUUUGAUUGAAUAUUUUUUCCCCAAAUUGUUUUAAUCCUCUACAAUCAAUAAAUUGUAUGAGUACAGUAUUUAUUUAUAUCAUUUUUAUUUUAUAUUGUUUUUACUUUGUGUACAUUAAAAUGCAUGCAUGAUUGCUUUGUCCAAUUCACUACAAUAAAAGUUUGUGUAUAAUUUUAUACGGGUUACUCCUUUAAUCUUUUUAACUUGUAUUAUGUUAAGCAAUAAUAGCUAGCAUUUUGAUUGAAUAUUUUUUCCCCAAAUUGUUUUAAUCCUCUACAAUCAAUAAAUUGUAUGAGUACAGUAUUUAUUUAUAUCAUUUUUAUUUUAUAUUGUUUUUACUUUGUGUACAUUAAAAUGCAUGCAUGAUUGCUUUGUCCAAUUCACUACAAUAAAAGUUUGUGUAUAAUUUUAUACGGGUUACUCCUUUAAUCUUUUUAACUUGUAUUAUGUUAAGCAAUAAUAGCUAGCAUUUUGAUUGAAUAUUUUUUCCCCAAAUUGUUUUAAUCCUCUACAAUCAAUAAAUUGUAUGAGUACAGGGUUUAUUUAUAUCAUUUUUACGUUAUAUUGUUUUUAC